AUGAGGAGAGCUGGAGUUGUGGAAAUUAGGUCGUUUUUGUCAUCUUUGCGGCACUAUGAGGACUAUGAGCUCAGGUCCUUGGCUCUGUAUCUGCUGUGGUUCCUAGGUUUUGUAUUCUGGGCUGCCGCUGCAGCUAUGGCCUUUGGUGGAAUCUGUGGGAUCCUGAUGUACGAGAACUACAAAUAUUUAUCUCAGGAUUAUUUCUUGCAUCUCCUUGGCUACCUGGCUGUUGCAGUUGCAUUUUUCUUGCUACCUACUGGCGUUUUGGCUAUCUCUAUCAAUGUCAAGACCUCCCGCUACAAGCAAGGAGUUUUCAUGUACUUGCUGCUGGUCCUUCUUUGCCUAGAAAUGACUUUGGGAGUUCUGGCACAGCUUAACUCUAAUUGGAUGGCUUCUGAUCUGAAAAACACUAUGAGAUCCCUCAUCUAUCAGUACAAUGGGUCACACCCUCAGGGUCCUGGUGACAGGUUUGUGGAUGAGGUACAGAGGGAGCUGCAGUGUUGUGGAGUCCAGAACUACAUGGACUGGCUAAAGACAACGCCAGCUAAUUGGCAUCUUCCAGCUGAAAAACCUCGUGUCCCUGCAAGCUGCUGUAGGGAGAAGUAUUCUUACUGCAGAGGUGACUUAAACAACCCGGAGCAGCUCUUUCAGGAAGGAUGUCUAAAGAAGCUGGAAGACCAACUACAUUUUAUCAUGUUCUACAUGUUUUGGUGCUGUGUUGGGCUGAGCAUCUUAGAGCUGUUGGCUGGUGUCAGCAAUGGUGUCCUCAUGAGGCACCAGCCUUUCCACGACCUCCGAAUUCUGGACUCAUCUACUUGCUGA